AGCAUUGUGACAACUAAGCUAAAGGAAAACAUUAGGAGCUGCGCGUAAUAUAAAAGCAGCGCUAUUGUACUUUUUUUUUAUAUUAUUAUAGUUUCUUCCCUAUUUUGACUACUUUGUGCGUAAGGAGAGAGAGAGAGAGUGUGAAGAAUCCUAUGGGAUCGUAUCUUUCAAGUUUGCUCGGCGGAGGCGCGGCGGAAGCGGCAGAGGCAGAAUCAGGAUCGUCGUCAGAACAGUCGCGUGUGAUUGCUUUUCAUUCUUCCAAUCGGUGGCAACUUCACUUCAACUCCUCCAAGCAAUUAAAUAAACUGAUAGUUGUGGAUUUUGCGGCUACAUGGUGUGGGCCCUGCAAGAUGAUGGAACCGGUUAUUAACGCCAUGUCUGCCAACUAUACCGACGUUGACUUCGUCAAAAUUGACGUCGAUGAGCUCUCAGAUGUAGCACAAGAGUUUGGAGUGCAAGCUAUGCCAACAUUUUUGCUGCUGAAGCAAGGCAAGGAAGUAGAGAGGGUGGUCGGGGCUAAGAAAGAUGAGCUCGAGAAAAAGAUUCUCAAGCACAGGGAAGCUCCUAAAUUUGCUGCCUAGUAAUUAUCGAGCUAAAUUUCAUAUCCAAUAAGUUAGCAGAAAGAGAAAAGCAUCAUUUUUACUUUACUACCGUAUUAUGAUGUAACGUAAUAUUGAUGGGAUUUGACUAUGGUGGAUCUCUUUGAAGUCUUUUCCAGUUUUUCAUGCUCAAUUUUCUGUA